AUGCAGUGUUUUUUCUGCUUUGCUUACCUAAUGAUCAUAUGCACCGCACAACCACCGAAAGAUCGAGAAAGUCCCACCCAACAACGACGAUCACUUUUCCAUGACGUCAUAGAAUCACUUCGUAUAAGAGCAAAAUUACCAGAAGAAUUUUCGGAGGAAGAAAAUCAUCUGAAACAAAGCUUCGAAAAAUAUAACUACGAAAAUGAUCUGAACCUACCAGAUGACUUUGACUUCAUUCCAAGAAGAAAUGAUAGACUCGAAAUGCCUACAUUAAAUUAUCGUUUUCCAAAAAGCCUCGACAUAAAUGAUACAAAAGACGAAAGUGCAAAAGAAGAAAUAGUUCUAUACAUAAACUCGCCAGAAGAAAGUGAAACUACAACUUUCAUACCGAAAAAGACGAAACGCCCAAGGCCGACUAUCAAACACAAAAUCAAAACAAAAGAACGUGAAGAAUCAGAGGGUGAACAAAAACCAGUAACGAAUUCGCUGUCUGGUUUGAGUCAAAUUGGUAAUCGCGAAUCGCAAACUGUAGUUAAACCCACAGUGAUUGUCAAUUUCAGAGGAUCUGUUAGUAACAGGGAGAGUGAUAUACGCUUAGAAAGACGAAAAAAUGUAACAGGGAGUGAAACAGUGCCACAAAAUAUUUUUAACAUAAAUCAAGAGAUUAAACUAGAGAGAUCUAUUCCCAAUUUAGGAAAUAGGGGAGAUGCAAGAGUACGAAACAAAGUAAAGCAAGAUGUUACAAUAGAAACUGAUGGCAGAACUAACGCUGAAGAAGACAUGAUGAUGUGCGAGUCAAAUUCGUGGAAAAAAAGUGAUAGAAAUGGUAGGCAGCUAUUACAAAUAUUGCUAACAGUUUAA